CCUGCCCCUCAAAUCAUGGGGCCUGUCAGCUACUCCUCUGAGACCUAUGACUUGAGCCAGGUGGAGCUGAGCGGUUACUAUGAAGCCGAAAACAGCACCCCUUCUUUGGACGGCUACUUCUGCUUCAACCCGGCCUCCUCUGUGGUUGGCAACCAGAGCGACCCCUUCAGAAAGAUCUUCAUGCCCCUCAUCUAUCUGCUGAUGUUCGUGCUGGGCACCAUGGGCAAUGCCCUGGUCCUCAUCAUACUAGAGAGAUUCAAGCGGUCUCGCACUACCACUGAAAACUUCCUCUUCCACCUCACCCUGGCCAACCUGGUCCUGCUGCUUACCUUCCCCUUCAGCGUCGUGGAGAGCUUGGCCGGGUGGGUGUUCGGGACUUUCCUCUGCAAAAUCCUUAGUGCCGUCCACAAGAUCAACUUCUACUGCAGUAGCAUGCUGCUGGGCUGCAUCGGGGUGGACCGCUACCUGGCCAUCGUGUAUGCAAUCCACACCUACCGGAAGCGCAGAGCUCGCUCCAUCCACCUCACCUGCGUGGGCGUUUGGCUCUGCUCUCUGCUCCUGACCUUACCCGAUCUCAUCUUCAUGGAAGUCUGGACGGACGAGAGCAACCGCAGCAUUUGCUACUUUCCAGAGGUUGGGAUUCACGGCAACAAUGUGUGGCUAGCGACCCGCUUUCUGUACCACACAGUGGGCUUCUUUGUGCCCCUGCUGGUCAUGGGCUACUGCUACAUGGCCAUUGUGAGAGCGCUGUGUCAGUCGCAGCGCCUGCAGAGGCAAAAAGCCGUCAGAGUAGCCAUCCUGGUGACAGGCGUGUUCCUGCUCUGCUGGAGCCCGUACCACAUCGUCAUCUUCCUGAACACACUCACCAAGCUGGAGGCCUUCAGCAAAGACUGCCUCCUGGAGGAUCAGCUGGACACGGCCAUCAUGGUGACAGAGGCCAUUGGCUUCACACACUGCUGCCUCAACCCCAUCCUCUACGCCUUCAUCGGAGUCAAGUUCCGCAACGACUUCUUCCGCAUCCUGCAGGAGCUCGGCUGCAUAAGCCAGGAGACCCUGCAAGAGAUUCUGGAGGUCACGAGGAAGGGCAGUGGGAUCGAGUCUGAAAAUACCACUUCUAUCUCCACUUUCUAGCCGAGAAAGGCUAGGUGGGGGCUGGAAAUAGCCUUCCCGGGGGCACACGUGCUGUGAUCUCAGCUCUAGCUUUCACAACCACUUUCCUUGCUCCCCAGGAAACUGAGGACUGAUAGUCACUUAACAACGAACUUCUGCCAGACACCCUCUCUGGUUCAUCUGGUACAAGCGCAGAGACACAUCUACCUAACAGCUCUUGGCAAACACUGUCUCUGUCUGAUGAUGAUCACUGUAGUAGGGCUGGAUGAACCCAGGCAGGUCGAACCUGAUCCUGUCACCUCUCUCUCCAAGAGUGGACUGUGGGAGUCCU